GUCGGGCGGGCGGUGUGUUGUCAUCCGCGGAGCGACGGCCGGAGGCAGAGGCUUAGGCCCCGGCGGGGCGUUUGGUUUCGGUUUGGCCCUGACUGGAAUUAGCGUUGACGGUCGAAAUGGGAGUCCCCAAGUUUUACCGAUGGAUCUCGGAGCGGUAUCCCUGCCUCAGUGAAGUGGUGAAAGAGCAUCAGAUUCCUGAAUUUGACAACUUGUACCUGGAUAUGAAUGGAAUCAUACAUCAAUGUUCCCAUCCUAAUGAUGAUGAUGUUCACUUCAGAAUUUCUGAUGAUAAAAUCUUUACUGAUAUUUUUCACUACUUGGAGGUGUUGUUUCGCAUUAUUAAACCUAGGAAAGUGUUCUUUAUGGCUGUUGAUGGUGUGGCUCCUCGAGCAAAAAUGAACCAGCAGCGGGGGAGGCGUUUUAGGUCAGCAAAGGAGGCAGAAGACAAAAUUAAAAAGGCAUUAGAAAAAGGAGAAACUCUUCCUACAGAGGCCAGAUUUGAUUCCAACUGUAUUACACCAGGGACUGAAUUCAUGGCCAGGUUACAUGAACAUCUGAAGUAUUUUGUAAAUAUGAAAAUUUCUACAGAUAAGUCGUGGCAAGGAGUUACCAUCUACUUCUCAGGCCAUGAGACCCCCGGAGAAGGAGAGCAUAAAAUCAUGGAAUUUAUCAGAUCCGAGAAAGCAAAGCCAGAUCAUGAUCCCAACACCAGACAUUGUCUUUAUGGUUUAGAUGCUGACUUGAUUAUGCUUGGAUUAACAAGUCAUGAGGCACAUUUCUCUCUUUUAAGAGAAGAGGUUCGGUUUGGUGGCAAAAAGACACAAAGGGUAUGCGCACCAGAAGAAACCACAUUUCACCUCCUACACUUGUCUUUAAUGAGAGAGUAUAUUGACUAUGAGUUUUCAGUACUGAAAGACAAGAUCACUUUUAAAUAUGAUAUUGAAAGGAUAAUAGAUGAUUGGAUUUUGAUGGGAUUUCUUGUUGGGAAUGAUUUUAUCCCUCAUCUACCUCAUUUACAUAUUAAUCAUGAUGCACUGCCUCUUCUUUAUGGAACAUAUAUUACCAUCCUGCCAGAACUUGGUGGUUAUAUUAAUGAAAGUGGGCAUCUCAACUUACCUCGAUUUGAGAGAUACCUUGUGAAACUAUCAGAUUUUGAUCGGGAGCACUUCAGUGAAGUUUUUGUGGACCUAAAGUGGUUUGAAAGCAAAGUUGGUAACAAGUACCUCAAUGAAGCAGCAGGUGUUGCAGCAGAAGAAGCCAAGAACUACAAGGAAAAGAAAAAAACAAAGGGCCAGGAAAAUGCCAUUUGUUGGGCUGCUUUAGACAAAAGUGGAGAAGAAGUGGUAACUUCUAAGGAUAAUUUAGAAGAUGAGACUGAAGAUGAUGACCUAUUUGAAACUGAGUUUAGACAAUAUAAAAGAACAUAUUACAUGACGAAGAUGGGAGUUGAUGUAGUGUCUGAUGACUUUCUGGCUGAUCAAGCUGCAUGUUAUGUUCAGGCAAUACAGUGGAUUUUGCACUAUUACUAUCAUGGAGUUCAGUCCUGGAGCUGGUAUUAUCCCUACCAUUAUGCACCUUUCCUGUCUGAUAUCCGUAACAUCAGUACACUCAAAAUCCAUUUUGAACUAGGAAAACCUUUUAAGCCAUUCGAACAGCUUCUUGCUGUACUUCCAGCAGCUAGCAAAAAUUUACUUCCUACAUGCUACCAGCAUUUGAUGACCAGUGAAGAUUCACCAAUUAUAGAAUAUUAUCCACCUGAUUUUAAAACUGACCUAAAUGGGAAACAACAGGAAUGGGAAGCUGUGGUACUAAUACCUUUUAUUGAUGAGAAGCGAUUGUUGGAAGCCAUGGAAACAUGUAACCACUCCCUCAAAAAGGAAGAAAGGAAAAGAAACCAACAUAGUGAGUGCCUAAUGUGCUGGUAUGAUAGAGACACAGAGUUCACCUACCCCUCACCAUGGCCAGAAAAGUUCCCUGCCAUAGAACAUUGUUGCACAAGGUAUAAAAUAAUAUCAUUAGAUGCUUGGCGUGUAGACAUAAGCAAGAACAAAAUAACCAGGGUUGACCAGAAGGCGUUGUAUUUCUGUGGAUUUCCUACCCUGAAACACAUCAAACACAAAUUUUUUUUGAAGAAGAGUGGGGUUCAAGUAUUCCAGCAAAGCAGUCGUGGAGAAAACAUGAUGUUAGAAAUCUUAGUGAAUGCAGAAUCAGAUGAACUUUGUGUAGAAAAUAUAGCUUCAUCCGUGCUUGGAAAGUCUGUCUUUGUUAAUUGGCCUCAUCUUGAAGAAGCUAGAGUUGUUGGUAUAUCAGAUGGAGAAACUAAAUUUUACUUGGAAGAACCUCCAGGAACACAGAAGCUUUAUUUGGGAAGAACUGCCCCACCAUCUAAAGUGGUCCAUCUUGGAGACAAAGAGCAAUCUAACUGGACAAAAGAAGUACAAGGAAUUUCAGAAUACUACCUAAGAAGAAAAGGAAUAAUAAUAAAUGAAACAUCCGCAGUUGUAUAUGCUCAGUUACUCACAGGUCGUAAAUAUCAAAUAAAUCAAAAUGGCGAAGUCCGUCUAGAGAAACAAUGGUCGAAACAAGUUCUUCCUUUUGUUUAUCAAACUAUUGUAAAGGACAUCCGAGCUUUUGACUCCCGUUUCUCCAAUAUCAAAACAUUGGAUGACUUGUUUCCUCCUAGAAGUACGGUCUUUAUGCUGGGAACCCCCUAUUAUGGCUGCACUGGAGAAGUUCAGGAUUCAGGGGAUGUGAUUACAGAAGGUAGGAUUCGUGUGAUUUUCAGCAUUCCAUGUGAACCCAAUCUUGAUGCUUUAAUACAGAACCAGCAUAAAUAUUCUAUAAAGUACAACCCAGGAUAUGUGUUGGCCAGUCGCCUUGGAGUGAGUGGAUACCUUGUUUCAAGGUUUACAGGAAGUAUUUUUAUUGGAAGAGGAUCUAGGAGAAACCCUCAUGGAGACCAUAAAGCAAAUGUGGGUUUGAAUCUCAAAUUCAACAAAAAAAAUGAGGAGGUACCUGGCUAUACUAAGAAAGUUGGAAGUGAGUGGAUGUAUUCAUCUGCAGCAGAACAACUUCUCGCAGAGUACUUAGAGAGGGCUCCAGAACUGUUUAGUUAUAUAGCCAAAAACAGCCAGGAGGAUGUAUUCUAUGAAGAUGACAUUUGGCCUGGAGAAAAUGAGAAUGGUGCUGAGAAAGUUCAAGAAAUUAUUACUUGGCUAAAGGGACAUCCUGUCAGUACUUUGUCUCGUUCUUCCUGUGAUUUACAAAUUCUGGAUGCCGCUAUUGUUGAGAAAAUUGAGGAAGAAGUCGAAAAGUGCAAGCAAAGAAAGAAUAAUAAGAAGGUACGAGUGACAGUGAAGCCCCAUUUGCUGUACAGACCUUUAGAACAGCAACAUGGAGUCAUUCCUGAUCGAGAUGCAGAAUUUCGUCUCUUUGACCGUGUGGUAAAUGUGAGAGAGUACUUUUCAGUUCCAGUUGGCCUUCGGGGCACCAUCAUAGGAAUUAAAGGGGCUAAUAGAGAAGCUGAUGUACUAUUUGAAGUAUUAUUUGAUGAAGAAUUUCCUGGAGGCUUAACAAUAAGGUGCUCCCCUGGUAGAGGUUAUCGACUGCCAACAAGUGCCUUGGUAAAUCUUACUCAUGGGAGUCGCUCUGAAACUGGAAAUCAGAAGUUGACAGCCAUUGUGAAACCACAACCAGCUGUGAAUCACUAUAGCUCAAAUUCAUCAAUUUCAUCUGGGCAUUUGGGAGGCCUGAACCAUUCUCCCCAAUCGCUUUUUGUUCCUACUCAAGUACCUACUAAAGAUGAUGAUGAGUUUUGCAACAUUUGGCAGUCCUUACAGGGAUCUGGAAAGGUUCAACAUUUUCAGCCAACUCUACAAGAGAAGGUUACAGUUCUACCUCAAGAAAUAAGUCAAGUAACUCAACAUCAUAAAUCUGGCUUUACUGACAACAGUGUUAAAUGUCAGCAAAGAAAACAUGAGGCUCACAGGAAAUUUAAAGAAGAGUGUAAAAGUCCUAAAACUGAGAAUCGGUUACAAAAAAUGUCAAAUAAACAGAUGUUUGGAGGGCCUGCCAAAUGUAAUAUUAAGCUAUUGAAGAGAAAUGAAAGUGCAGAAGUCUCAGAAAACCAAAAGGUUGUGACUGGUUACCCAAAUGCUAUUGAUAAGCCAAAUCCUAGAAUUGAGAACUUUUUAGCGUCCUUGAAUAUCUCCAAAGAAAAUGAAGUACAAUCAUCUCAUCAUGAAGAGCCUCCAAGUGAAGAACUUUUGUCACCACAGUCAUUUGCUAUGAAGGGAACUCGGAUGCUUAAAGAAAUACUAAAAAUUGAUGGCUCUGAUGCUGUGGACCAUAAAAAUGAAACGAAGCAGUUUGGUAAUGAAGUCAAUGUUUCCUCUAAUAGAAGAGAUGAAUAUGGACUUUUCUCCCAGGCUAAACAAAAUAAGAAAUUAACAUCUUACAUGAAUAAGCCUCACAGUACUAGCGAAUACCAUAAUGUUCAGUCUAUGGACCAUGUGUGUUGGCCUGCUCCCAGCCAUAUCCCUCCUGUGUCCACACCAGUAACUGAACUUUCUCGAAUUUGUUCCCUUAUUGGAAUGCCACAACCAGAUUUCUCCUUUCUUAGAACGCCACAGACAAUGACAGUUUGCCAGGUAAAAUUAUCUAAUGGCUUACUGGUACAUGGGCCACAGUGCCAUUCUGAAAAUGAAGCCAAGGAAAAAGCCGCACUUUUUGCUUUACAACAAUUGGGCUCCUUAGGAGUGAAUUUCCCUUUGCCUCCACCAAUAUUUCCAAAUUAUCCUCCUGCUGUACCACCCGGAACCAUUCCUCCAGUUUUUCCUCAACCUACUGGCUGGGAUCACUAUGGAAGCAACUUAGCAUUGGGGGCAGCUAAUAUAAUGCCUUCAUCAUCUCACCUCUUUGGCUCCAUGCCAUGGGGACCACCAGUGCCAGUUCCUGGGAAACCAUUUCAUCAUCCUUCAUAUUCUGGGACCAUGCCAAUGGCUGGGGGAAUGCCAGGUGGUGUGCACAAUCAGUUCAUACCUCUACAGGUUACUAAAAAAAGGGUUGCAAAUAAAAAGAACUUGGAGAGUAAGGAGGCCCAGAGUUCUCACGCUACCCCACUUCAGACUAGCCAGCCAGGGUCUUCCAGUGGCACCAAAGUGAUUCCACAGGAGAGUUCAUCCACUUCCUUAAAGUCCUCUCAGAUUACUCAGCCUGCGUCUUCUUUUCAAGUUGAAGCUGCCUCCCAAGGCCAUAGUAUGUCUCAUCACAAGUCAACACCAAGCUCUUCUUCAAGAAGAAAAUCAAGAAAACUGGCCGUCAAUUUCGGCGUUUCCAAGCCUUCUGAAUAAAUCUGGUACCUGGAAUUAAAUUAAUUUCUUUCCUUUCCACCCACCUUUUUAGAAAUCCACAUCUGUGUCUCAUAAAAAAUUAGAAUGUGCUAUUUUAAAAUAGUACAUUUUGAUUAAAAAUUUUCCUUUCAGUUAAAAUUUUUUAAUUUGUCAGGCACUUUUCAUGCUAUAUCAAAUUGCGCAUCUUAAACAUGCGCAGUUUGUUUUACAUCAAUUAUACCUCAGUAAAGCUAUAAAAAAGAAAAACUAAAUUAAACCUUGUGUUAAAAUAGUAUCAGUGGACUAAGCAUUAAAAUGUACCACUCUAACUCUUGGCCUCUCAUCAACAGAACUAUCCUGAACCAUGAAUUAGACAUCAUAGUGCAAUAAUAAAAAUUUUUUUUAUACUAUUGAGGGAUAAUUAAAUGGAGCUUGAAAAUUGGGCCUCAAUCUACUGAAUGUGGAUUUUAUUUCUCUUUUUAAUGAUGUGACAGGUUUGUCAGGAGAAUGGCUCUUAUUUAUAAGUAUUUUAACUUACAUUUUGUUGUCUCUGAGGGUCCUUUAGACCUGCUGUGAAAUGAUCACACGUGUUGUGGUGCUGCCAGUUUUGCUUUAUUCUAAAUUUUGUACCAAAGCAACUUUAGAAACUGAUCAGAGUAUUUCAUUUAACUGCUUAGAACUAUAAAUAGCAAUCUAGAUUUGAGCAAGUAAUUACAAUUUUUUAGAUUACUCAAGAACCAGCAUUAGAAAUUUCUAAUAAAAUUAAGUUUCAAAAUCUACAGGGUAUAACGACUACAAAUUAAUCUUCUAAUAGAAUAAAAUAAGAUAUAUUAAUCAUGUUGUUAGUUGAAAUAAAUUGUGUUAUUCUUUUGUAUAGCUUUUUACUUGCUUAAACAUAUAUGAGAGCUUCUUUGUUGGUCCAUGUGUAGUGUUUCUUGAGAUUGAUGAAAUUCUAAUUUUUAAAAAAAUUCUGAGGUGUGCUAUAAUACAGGCACAAUCAGUUUGUGAUGUACUUUAUUUACAUGACAAACGCCUGUCUCAUUCUGUUUCCAUAUUUUUAGCUUUAUGCUGAACUGUUCAGUGACUCUGGCAUUUUGUCCUUGCAUGUCAUGUGUGAAGUGUGUAUUGUUCAAGCUGUGGCUGUUGAAAUCAUUUUAGAAUUUAUGAAAAUUUCUCAGUGGUACCAGGACCUGAGUUUUUUUAUAUAUGUAUAUAAAUAUGUACACACACAUAUAUAUAUUUAUCCUUUAGUUUUUGUGAUAUGCUUAUAUUUUUAAGGAAGUAAGUUAUCAUAAUUUUUUAAAAAGUAGGAACCAUAAUGUUUAUAUGGAGCUACUUAUUAUUAUAUCCAGUUUCAUUUAACUCAUUAAAAACCCUGCCAUGAGUCCUAAAGUAGUCUGUUUGUUUGUUUUUUAAGUGCUGGUAUUGAACUAAAUGGAUUCCUUUCUCUAACUGCUGAUUUCAGAGUUUCUCUAAAUGUAAAUAGGACAUUUGUAUAUUAGUAGUGCCUUUAGUGUAAGAGAUAAGUGUUCAUUAUCUGUCAUUUAGUAUAGUCAUGUGAGUUUCUGUGAUUUUAUUUUCUAUUAAUUUUCUAGAUUCCGAUGUUCAUUGGUUCCCAGCAUGUCCUUGUUGGGAAUGUUUAUCUGUAGUGGGAUCUUGAAUAAUGAAGCUCAAGUAAUUCUGUGUUUGUCCUUAGUGUCCCACAAACUCUCUCUUUGUUUUAAAAGGAAAUCUGUAUUAUGAGAAUACAAUACAAAAAAGUUAAAUUGUGAUAAUAAUGUUCUGUUAACCUCUUAACUACUUUAAAGUAUGUAAUAUUUUUUAUCUUAUGUACCUGUACAAACUCCAGCAUUCAAGAAUUGCCUCGCUCAUCACUGCUGUGUGGCCCCUCUAAAAACAGCGUACAACCCACAUCUUUUUUAGAGUACAAAGGAAGGAGCAUGUGCCAUCUUCUGAAAACUCCAAGAAAAUUUCAAAAAGCAUAUUGCCACCAGACCCAUAGGAUAUUUCCCCAGUGUUUGAGCAAAGUGAGCUGAUAAUUCUACAUGAAUAGGCAGCAAAAGUGUUUUCUUUUUAUUCCUUCCUCCCUUUUUAAAAAAACACAUAGUAUUCUAAAGGUCAAGAUUGAAGAGAGAUUAAAAUAUAGGAAAGAGCUUGAUAAUGACGAGAUUAGUGGUCAGGCCUUCAUCUUUUCCUUUCCCUUUGUAGACCUAUUCCAAAUGUGGGCAUGAGAUCAAUAGGAGAUCAGCAGGACUUGUGCCUCCCUGUGCAGGACAUAAGGAACAGAGAUAAAAACAGAUAAAAACAGAGUUUUUAUCUCAUGAUAAUCUUGAGGAGACUGGAUUCGUUGAUAGUAUGGGAAACUUACAAUUUUUCUGUCUUGGAUUGGGCAAACUCAGAUGGGCUCAAAGUUUAGAAAUAUGCCCAUUUGACUGUUGAAUCUGCUAUAAACUUUCUGUGUAAGCUGUGGUCUCAAUAGGGCACAGCAGAGCAGAGUCCCCAGAUUGCUUCAUGCUUCCACAUAACCAAGUUAGUUCCACGUAACUAAAUAUUCUUAUUCAGUUAAUUUCUCUCUUUUUUUUUUUUUUAGUGCAUUAAGUGAAUUUUGAAAUUGAUUCUUCUAGUUUCAUUGUUCCUUGUUACAAUUGCCUGCAUUGCCUGAUCAUCACCUAGUUUUAUAAUUGGACAAAAUCUAUUAAUUGAUUUAAACAUCAUGUAGACUAAGGUCUUAAACAUCUGAGAGUCAGUUGCAUGAGACAUUAAUUUUGCCUGUCAGUGUACCUUGGUUUCAGUUUAAGAUGUUGCUUGCUUUUCAGAGGGAUAAGGAGUUCUUUUAAAACUGAAAAGAUAAGGUUUGUUUCAGUUUUUGUUUCUAUUAGGAGAGAUGAAGAACUCUUGAUGCAGGUUUUUUGUUGUUUUUCCUUUCCUAUGAUCAGGUAUUUGCUUUGGUUUUAGACUGUUAUUUUCAAACUAAUCUAGAAUCUUCAUUUAAGGGGAGAAGCAGUGAGGGAGGACUUGGAAGAAAGAAACCAAUUAAAUAAGAUACUUUCAAUCACUGCAUUUUCAGACUAUAUUCUAUCUUUCUAGAUCAAGGAAGCAGAUAAGUUGCAGGGGCUUUUUUAGUCACUUUUCAUCUGUUCUAUUUGUAUUAAUGAAUCAUACUUUUUUGUAGUGGUUGUCUAAUUUUUACCUUAGGGUGAAUAAUACUGUCCAGAUCUCCACUGAAGUUAGGCCUAAUGUGUUUGGUCUCGUUUUUCAGAGUAUCUUUUUUAAAGCAACAGUCUACAAUUUCCCAGCUUUUCAAGCUUGCUAUGUUUCUUAGGGUCAUCUUGCUUCCAAACUGUGUUUUUACUAUAGAGGAGAAUUAAUUUAUUGGAGAGAUAUAACUGUGACAAGUUUUGUCUACUUAAAAAAAAAAGUCACUUAAGUUCCUUUAUCAUUUUUCUAGAGAUAGUGAUAGCACUCAAACUGGUAGUGUUCUUUAUGCAUAUUUUGUAAGCUUCGUCAAUGGAACAGUCUUUUUCACAGGAGCAUCCUUUUCUAGUCAGAAUAAAGCUAAAAAUUCCAGAAAUGAAUACUUUCAAAUGACCUGGUUCGUAAUUCCAUCAGACCUCUACAUCUUCCGUCAGGGAGCAGGAAGAGACUGUGUUGAAACAGACAGACAAGAGUGGUGAGUCAGCAGGCAUGUGGAAGUGUCCCUAUUACCAUACCAUACUGAGGUAACAGCUCUGGUAUUGCUGAUCUUUUUUUUUUCCCCCAGAGAGGGG